AUGGUGAUCCUCUCCGUCAGCUCUUCCAGUCGUUUUGAGUCGCAGCGCGACGCACUUCUCAAGGUUAAACUUUAGCAGCCAUUUGUCCGACCAUUCGCAUAGGCGGUUCAGUCCUUCUUGCAGGGCCCGUUCAUCAUGUUCGCCGUUGAUCGCUCGCCAUAACUUGAUGUUAUCAGCAAACAUGACUCCAUUGCAGUCCAGUCCAUUCAUACAGUCGUUGACAUAAAUUAAAAAUAGUACUGGUCCGAGUACGGAGCCCUGCGGAACUCCACUCACAACUGGCACUGGCGUUGACUUCGUAUUACCAAUACACACAGACUGUGAUCGACCAGUCAGAAAGUCCUUUAUCCAGUUUAAUAAGUUUCCUCUUAUCCCUGAUUCUCGGACCUUGUAAAGUAACCGGUGGUGUGGAACACUAUCAAAGGCUUUCUUGAAAUCUAUGUAAACGAUAUCGACCUUUGUUCCUGCGUCUAACGAGCGAGACCACUGUUCCGUUGAAUGAAGCAUAUUAGUUAGGCAGGAGUGAUUUCUUCGAAAGCCAUGCUGAGAACUAGGAAAGAAAUCAUUUUCUUCAAGGAACUUCAUUAUGGAUUUUUUGACUAUUCUCUCCAUGACUUUGCAACAAAUGCACGUUAGGCUCACCGGCCGAUAAUUGUUUGUACUUGUUCUGGAUCCGCCCUUGUGAAUGGGGUAUAUGUUAGCCACUUUCCAAUCAGAGGGGAGAAUGCCUCGGUCAAAGGAGGACCAAAAGAUGUGCCAAAGCGGUUUGGCGAGUUCGCAAGACAACUCCUUCAGCACUUUUGCCGGAAUUUCGUCUGGGCCCGGAGACUUGCCCUCCUGAAGCGCUAGAAGUUCCAUCCUCACAUCUUCUUCUGUGAAGUCGAUAUUUUCUAUUAUUUCGUCGGUUGCCCCGGCAGGAGAUCCAGCCUCGUCAAAGUCCGUUUCAUCAGUGAAAACCGAUACGAAAAACCGGCUUAGAUUUUCUGCCUUAGCGUCAUUUUCGAUGAUAUCCUCAUCGUUUUCUCCUUUCAACACUGCGACCGUCUCCUUGUUCUGUAACUUACUGUUUAUGUAGCUGAAGAGCACUUUUGGCUUAUCGACGGCCCGUUCCAUAACUCGCAUUUCAUACUCCUUCCGCGACCUGCGGAUAGCCCCCCUUACCUCGUUUCGCUUUUGAGGAAAUUGCUCGUAAUGGGAUGGUUGUUUUGUUGUUGCAUACCUUCGCCAUAGUUUGUUCUUCCGGUUUACUUCUUUCUUUAUAUCCCGCGUUAUCCAGGCAGGACGAUUAUUCUUUUUGACUCUUUUUGUCGGACAGUUUUGAUGCAUGAUGUCUGUUACAACUCCUUUGAGAUUGAUCCAAUCAACGUCUGGAUGUCCGGAAAGAAAGUCAUCCCAGUCCACUGCCGAUAAUUCCCUUCUCAUGGCAGCAAAAUCUCCUCGCCAGAAAUUCAGUCUACGCUCAGUCGUAUUCGCUUGUUGGCUGCAUAGGCGGUAUUCCCAAAACAGCAUGACAUGGUCACUCUUACCGAGCGGUGUUAUGGACCUAAGUUCGCCAGGGAUAAUCGGGUCUUUUGUAAGGACGAGGUCCAGACAAUUCGCUCUUUGGUCCUCUCUGAUUCUGGUUGGGAACGCGACGUUUUGUACCAGAAAGAGAUUAGCCGUUAGUUUUAAGAGCCUGGAAUCAAACACAUUUCGCGAACCAUUUACUAAUAAAUUGUUCCAGUCGACCAUGGGUGCGUUGAAGUCUCCGGUUAUCAGUUCCUCUUGGUUUUGUGACACCUCUUUAAUUAGCCCAAACAUCGCCUCGUCAACCUCAUCAGUUUGAUUGGGCGGCCUGUAUACGGUCAGGAAAUUCAAAUUGGGUGCGCCACGCAUCCUCAGUUUUAACCACAUUGCUUCACAGUCGCUGGAGCAAUCGGUUUUGUGUUCCGACGCGAUGAUUGCUCUCUGGACGUAGACCACUAUUCCUCCUCCUUUUCUAUGCAGUCUGUCCCGGCGAAAAAGUUGGUAUCCCUCAAGUGUUAUUUCGGCAUCCAAGACUUCGGUCUGGAACCAAGUCUCUGUGAUAGAAAUGACAUCCGGCUGCGUAUCUGUUAUCCAUACUUUCAGCUCAUCUAGCUUAUGAAACAAACUCUGAGCAUUUGCAUAAAGAAAGCGGAGCUUAGACCGGGUAGAUUCCCGAACGAUUCUUGGGCCGAAGUUGCUGGAUACUUCGCGCGAGUUUUCGGGUCUAUCGUCCUCUUCCGAGUCUACUGCUGUUUGAUUGGACUGGAUGUUAGUAUGUUGUCCGUCGUUUUCUCUGAUCGGUUUGUCAGAUAGGGGCGUUCUUUCCUUAUUAUCUGAUUGUUCAUUAUGCUCAGUGUUAUUGGUUGUUUCCAGAGGAAUGAGCUCCGAACAUUUACGAUUUUGCCAUUCAUUAUUCUUAGGUUUUUCUCGCCGGCAUUGUAUCUUCUGAGGAGUUCGGCCUUGAGUUCCCUCCAUUUCUCCCGUUCGGCCGGUGAGAAAUCCCGUUGAAAAAAAAUUGUUGGGUGGGCAUUUCGCAGUGUUGGUUUCCUAUUCAGCAGUAAUAGUGCUUGUUCCUCACUUUCGAGAAUAAUUUUUAAUGGUCUGUGAUGGCCCGACUCGCCCUCCAAAUCCUUAAUGGGUCCUAUCCUGAAAGCUUUCAAUACGGUGAUGUUCCCGUUCUCUUGUAAUAGGGAUUUGAGGUAUUGCUGGAAUAAUUCUAUAUCGUGGCUUAUUCUGUUCUUUGGGAUGUCUGAAGAAGACUCAGGCAUACCCUUUACGAUGAUGCAUUUAUUGCGAUCAAUAGGGCGCUGUCGUUUAUUUUUAUACGCACAGUUGGCAUCCCGAAAGUUUUUGUUGUCAUCAAUGUCCCCUUCAGAGACAGUUGUUAUGGUAUAGAUACUACUAAUACUACUUCUAAUACUACUACAACUACUGUCACCGCCAGUAAUACUACUGCUACCACCACCACUAAUAAUUCCACCAGCACCAAUACUAAUAUUACCGCUAUUACUACUUUUAGUACUGCUGCUAUUACUGCUACUGCUACUGCUUCUUCUACUACUACUACUUCUUCUACUACUAACACUACUACUACUUCUACUAAAACUGUUACUACUACUUAUUCUACUAUGAGUAAUUCUGCUACUACUACUUCUACUACUAAUACUGCCACCGCCAGUUCUACUACUAACACGACCACCAAUUCCACUGCUACCACUAUUACUACUUUUAUUACUGCUGCUAUAAUUGCUACUAAUAUCACUACUACUACUAAUAGUGCUCCUACUACUAUUGCUACUACUAGUUCUACCCCUGCUACUAAUGCCACUACGCUGAUGGCACCAAAAAUACCAAUUUUUUUAAUGGUACAACUACCUAUUUUAAUAAUUCGACUAACGCUAAUACCUCGACUACUACUACUAUUACAACUACUAAUAAUACUACUACUACUGCCACUGCUACUGCUACUACUACUAUUACAACUACUACCUAUACUGCUAAUACUAAUUCUCCUACUACGUCUACCACUAAUACUACUACUACUACUACUACUACUCAUACUACAACUACUACUCCGAAAAUUGAAAAUACUAUAACUACCACUAAUACUACUAAUACUACCAUUACUACUCCUACUAAUACUACUACCGCUACUGCUUCCAGUACUACUACUACUACUACUGCUACUACUACUACUACUUCUGCUAAUACUAACUAUAAUUCUACUCCUAAUUCUACUACUACGACUAAUACUACUAGUACUAAUACCACUACUACUACUACUACUACUACUACUACUACUACUACUACUACUAAUACUACUACUACUACUACUGCUACUGCUAAUCCGAAUACUGCUACUAAUACUACUACUACUACUACUACUACUACCACUACUACUAGUACUGCAACUACUACCUAUAUUACUACUCACAUUCCUAAUAAUAAUACUACUACUGCUAACACUACUACAACUACUACUACUACUACUAAUACUACUACUACUACUAAUACUACUACUAAUACUACCAUUACUACGCCUAAUACUUCUACAACCGAUAACGCUUCUUCUUCUACUACUACUACUACUACUACUACUGCAAAGAUUACUAUUACUACCUCUACUGCUACUCCUAAUUCUACUACUACGACUACUACUACUACUACCUAUACUACUACUCCUAUUUCUACUACUACUAAUUCUAAUACUACUACUGCCACUACUACUAAUUCUACUACUACAACUACUAAUAAUACUAAUAUUACUACCUCUACUACCACUCCUAUUUAUAAUAUUGCUACUACUACUAUUACUACUAAUACUACCACUAAGACUCCUUAUAAUAUAACUACUAAUAACACUACUACUCCUAAUAAUGCUACUACUAAUACUAUUACCUCUACUGCUACUCGUAAUUGUACUACUACUACGAAUACUACUAUGACUACUCAUACUACUGCUACUACUACUACUACUACUACUACUACUACCGCUACUACUUCUACUUAUACUACUACUACUCCUACUAUUACUACCACUACUACUACCACUACUACUACUACUAAUACUACCAUUACUGUUCCUAAUAAUACUAAUACCGCUACUGCUUAUACUACUACCACUAUUAAUAUUGCUACUACUAAUACUAAUACUACUACUACUAUCUCCACUACUACUCCCAUUUAUUCUACUACUAGUACUACUACUACAUCUCCAAAUACUACUACUACUACUACUCCGAAUACUGCUAAUACGACUACUUCUACUACUACUAAUACUGCUACUAAUACUACUUAUACUAAUGCUACCAUUACUAAUCCUUAUACUACUAAUCCCGCUACUACUACUACUACUACUACCACUACUACUAAUGCUUUUAAUACCACAACUAACACUACUACUACUACUACUACUAACUCUAGUACUACUCCUGUUUCUACUACUACUACUACUACUACUACUGCUUCUACUACAACUACUACUACUACUACUAGUACUGCUAAUACAGCUACUACUACUACUAGUACUUCUACUAACUCUACUACUACUCCUAUUUAUUCUACUACUAGUACUACUGCUACUACUCCAACUAUUACUAAUACUACUCCGAAUACUGCUACUGCGACUAGUACUUCUACUACCACUGCUGCUACUACUACUACUACUACUACUAAUAAUAAUAAUAAUACGACCUCUUCUUCUCCUAAUAAUACUACUGCAUCUACUACUACUACUACCACUACUCCUACUUCUGCUACUACCGCUACUGCUUCUACUACUACUACUACUACUAAUACUACUGUUACUACUACUAAUACUACCACUCCUACUCCUAGUACUACUACUACCGCUAUUGCUUCUACUACUACUACUGCUACUAAUACUACCAGUACUACUCCUAUUACUACUACUAAUUCUACUGCUUCUACUACUACUACUAGUGCUACUAAUUCUACUUCUACUACUACUACUACUACUACUACUACUACUACUACUACUACUGCUACUACUACUACUACUACUACAGCUACAACUACUACUACUACAGCUACAACUACUACUACUACUUCUGCUGCUUCCACUACCACUACUACUAAUAGUUCUACUAAUACUACCAGUAAUUCUUCUAAUACUACUACUACCGCGACUGCUUCUACAAAUAAUACUUCUGCGGCUACUACUACUACUAAUUCUAUAACCUCUACUGCUUCUCCUAAUUCUACUACUACUACGACUACUACUACUAAUACUACUAAUACUGCUACUACUACUACUACUACUACCACUACUAUUUCUACUACUACUACUACUACUACUACUAGUACUACCUCUACUUCUACAACUACUGAUACUGUCACUUCUUCUCCUAAUAAUACUAUUACCGCUACUACACAUCAUACUACUAUUACCGCUACUACUUUUUAUUCUACUACUACUACUUCUACUACUACAAAUACUACCACUACUGCUCCUAAUAAUACUACUACCGCAACUUCUACUACUACCACUAGUACUAUUAGUACUACUGCUACUAUUACUACUACUACUACUACUACUACUACUACUACUACUACUACCAUUACUACUACUACUACGUCUAGUGCUUCUCCUUAUUCCUGUACUACGUCUACUACUACUAAUGCUUCUACUAGUACUAGUACUACUACUACUAAUACUACUGCUUCUACUACUACUACUUCUACUACUACUACUACUACUACUACCUCUACUACUACUACGCAUAUUUCUUCUACUGCUACUACUACUACUACUACUCCAACAACUACUACUACUACCACUGCUAGUACUGCUACUGCUACGUCUACUACUACUACUACUACUACUACUACUACUACUACUAAUUCUACCACUAAUAAUCCUUAUACUACUUCUAUCGCUACUUCUACUACUACUACUACUACUACUACCACUGCUACUACUACUACUUCUUCUACUACCACUACUACUACCACUACCUCUAUUACUACUCCUGUUUCUACUACUACUACUAGUGCUACUACGUCUACUACUACUACUACUACUACUACUACUACUACUACUCCAACUACUUCUACCACUACUACUACUACUACUACUACUACUACUACUACUACUCCGAAUACUGCUACGACGACUACUGCUACUACUAA